AUGGCAGCCUCCCAGCUAGCAGUGCUGGACGGCGUGGAGCCCGGGGCCGGGGUGCUGCCGCUGACCGAGGCCAGCCCCAGCUUUCUGUACUCCGAGGGUCAGCGGCUGGCGCUGGAGGCCCUACUGAGCAAGGGCGCAGAGGCGUUCCAGGCCUGUGUGCAGCGCGAGGGGCUGCGGCCCUUUCUGAGCACGGAUGAGGUCCGGAACUUGGCAGCGGCCGCCGAAGACUGGACAGUGGCCAAGCAAGAGCCUGGUGGGACAGCCGAGGGCGCCACCGCUGAUGGGGACAGGAGCAGCUUGACCUACUGGCCCGGGCAGUCAGAGCGGCCGGCGCCCCCCCUGCAACUGGGCUGGCCGGUGGACUCAGCCUGGAAGGGCAUCACGCGGGCACAGCUGUACACCCAACCCCCCGGAGAGGGCCAGCCGCCCCUCAAGGAACUGGUGCGCCAUGAGAUCCAGGUCGCCCACAAGAUGGUGGCCGUGGUCAUGGACAUCUUCACCGACCCAGACCUGCUCUCGGACUUGGUGGACGCCGCCACGCGCCGCUGGGUGCCUGUCUACCUGCUUUUGGACUGCCAGCACCUACCCGCCUUCCUGGCGCUGGCCCGGCAGCUGGGGGUGAACCCCUGGGCCACAGAGAACCUGGACGUCCGCGUCGUACGGGGCUGCAGUUUCCAGAGCCGCUGGCGCCGGCAGGUGAGCGGCCAGGUGCGGGAGAAGUUUGUGCUGCUUGACGGUGACAGGGUCAUCUCGGGAUCCUACAGCUUCACGUGGAGCGACGCACGCCUGCACCGAGGCCUGGUCACCCUGCUGACCGGGGAGAUUGCGGACGCCUUUGGCCUCGAGUUCCGGACACUGUACGCGGCCUCCUGGCCACUCCCACCGGCGCCCACCCAGGGCCCCUCGGCCAGCCGCCUGGCGGCCUGCCACAUCUUCGAGGGAGACAGGAAGGAGCCCCCCACCGUCCCCGGGCCCGCCCUCAGCGACAUCCUGAGGAGCGUCCAGCGCGCCCGGACCCCCAGCGGCCCCCGGGCCCGGCCCAGCCGCUCCCUCUGGGACCUGAGCCGCCUGUCCCAGCUGUCGGGCUCCAGUGAGGGUGACAAUGAGCUCAAGAAGUCUUGGGGCUCCAAGGACACCCCAGCCAAGGCCCUGAUGAGGCAGCGGGGCUCCGGAGGGGGCCCCAGAGGCGAGGCGGACUCCCAGCCCCUGGCCUGGUCUCAGCCCUGGGGCAGUCCCCUGCCCCUGGUCUCUCCCAGUCGCCGCCGCCUGGGCUAUCUGUCCCCAGCCCGAAGGAGGUUUGGUGAAGACACUGCAUCCAAGCUUCCGGAACCCAGAGGCCUGGGGCAGCCAGACUGGUCCUCCUGGGCGGCACGUGGUGGGCAACCCUGA